AAUAGGGUAUUGAUUUGCAUACCUAAUGAUACCUCACAUUUUACGCAGGAAGGUUUUAGAUUCUGGUAUCAGCACAUGAAAAACUCAAGAAAUAAAUGUGCCGAGUCACUCACCAUUCUCUCUUUUGCAGGUAACAAAAUGGCCCAGAGGAUUGAUAUCCCCAUGGCAAACACCACCACCAAACCUAGCCUUCUCAAUGAGACCAUUGUGGAUAGCACAAUAGGCACUACUAUGGGCGCCCUCAUCCUGAGCCUCACCUUUCUCUUGGGCUUCCCAGGAAACCUCUUCAUCAUCUGGAGCAUACUGGCACGAGCUCGAAAGCAAUCCGUGACCACCCUUCUGAUCCUCAAUCUCGCCAUCGCUGAUGGCUCCCUGAUGGCUCUCACCCCGUUCUUCAUUGUCUACCUGGUUAUGAAGAACUGGGUGUUUGGAAAUGUGAUGUGCAAGGUCCUCUUCUACCUGUGUCUGGUCAACAUGUACGCCUCCAUCCAGCUGAUCACACUCAUGAGUUUAUACCGUCUGGUGGCGAUACUGUGGCCGCAGCGUGUCACUUCAUUCACCGGCAGGAAGACGGUGCUACGGGUGCUAGCUGUGGUGUGGGUGCUGGUGAUGGUUGCCUCCAUUCCUGCAAUGAUCUUCAGGGACGUGAAGGUCUCGCGAAGUAGUGCUACGACUACUAUUUCAGUGUGUAAUGCAUUCCACUCUCAAGACAGCUAUGCCGUCCUCCAGUACACCAUGGAGCUCGUGUUGGGCUUUCUAAUUCCCUACAGCGUCAUUGUGAUCAGCUAUAUCCGCAUCUUACGGCGGAUCCGAAUGACCAAGUUUGGACGACGCAUUCGAAGUGAGAAGCUCAUCUUGGCCAUCGUGUUGACCUUCUGCCUCUUUUGGUUGCCCUACCACAUCGUCAACGUGGUGAAAGUUACGUGGGCUCUCUGUCCAGAAGGUCCAGUAAGAAACAUGUUGGAUAAAAUAUGGCACAGUAGCCGUGCUGUCACCUCAUCCAUAGCCUUCAUCAGCAGCUGUGCAAACCCAGUGCUCUACUUCUUCGCUGGAAAGUCCUACAUCAGACGGGAAGGACUGGCGUUCAUGGCCCGCUUGUUUGAGGGCACAGCACUGGACUCUGCCUCCAGGAAGAUCCGACAGAACAGCCAGAAUUGCAGUCGUGACAAAGAGAAAGAAGCAGAUGCAGUUAUGCUUAAGGACAAAGAAGCAGACUCUGUUACCAACUCGAGCUCAAAUGUUAAACCAGUGAAGAACGGAAAGUAGGACUUUGUUCUGGACCUGGAUCUGGUCUGGGAAAGAUGAAAAGUGUACUACAAAGGCCUUAAAAUCUCCAUCCAGUCUUACAAAAUUUCUAAAUAUGGAACAAAGUGGAGGGUUUAUCCUUCACAGCUGGUUCCUGAUUCAGCAUCUGCGUAAAGUGAAGCUUGCCGCCAAAUGCAAACUAAAGUGAUAGAUUUGUGUUUGAGUCUGCUCAACAACAUUUUUCUGUAUAUUGGAUGAGACACGGGCCUUGUUCUGCUCCAAACUAUUUCUCAAAGAAAGACUGUGGAGUGUUACACACAACCAUGGACGCUGCCAGGGAUUUGGGGACACAAAGAAGACCCCACAACUUCACUGCUGCAAUCAUUCACAUAUUUUGUUCCUUCCCUACACACCCUGUCCGGGACACUUAUUCCCCUUAAGACCCUGUUUGAUCCAUCCCUCUAGAAGAGGUGGUGCCAUGAGUUUACUGUACGUGUUUAUGGAUGAGAGCGGUCAAACGUCACUUCCCAAUCGCAAAAGUGACCACACCCCCUUUGGGUUGAAACAAGCGCUACAAAAAUACUGGCAGGUGAUAAGAACAAUGACUGAACGCUGUUGCGUGGCAUUUUGUACUUCGAAAUAAAAUAGUCUAUUCACAUUAUUAAAUGAAUGGUAAAAGAAGGGUGUGUAGUUCUACAGGGAUAAAGGAGGUAA